AUGAGUGGUAUUCAGCGAUUCCUCACCAAGCGAGGGGAGAGGCACCGAAGAUCUGGCAAGCACGAGAAAGAGCCACAGCCAACCAAUCCAGGUGUGCGCAGCUACCUCCGUGGCCUCGUCAUCAAGAAAAGAAGACUCGCUUCGAUCGGAAUCCUAGACCUCAAUACCGAACAAAUCAAUGGCGCGCUUACAUCACCGUACGCGCAGGGUGAUACGGAGAAGGCAUUCGACCUGCUUAUGAUGAUUGAAGAUUCGAUUGAAGGUAUAUUGCGUGACCAUGACACAUCUAUAAAACUCGUCGGAGCAGUGAAUCGCAUGGGAGUUACAUGCUACCUGGAUGCACUUCUAUUCGCAAUGUUUGCUCGGCUAGACUUUUUCGAAGCUAUUCUGUACCGACCCUUUACCGAUAAUAAUGAUCCACGGAGAAAACUGGUCAUUCUUCUUCGGUUAUGGGUGAAUAUGCUGAGAUCUGGAAAACUCAUUACAACGGAUAUUACCGAACAUUUGCAAGAAGCACUGUCCGAAUGCGGAUGGCCAGAGGCCGCCAAACUUUGUCAGCAGGACGCGUCCGAGGCCUUCACUUUUAUCACCGAGAAGUUAGAGCUCCCUCUGUUGACCUUGAAAAUGGACAUUUACCACACUGGAAAAGAAGACGUGGCGGACGAUCACAAGUUUAUCAAUGAGAGACUGCUCGAGGUUGCAAUUCCACCCGAGCACGAAGACGGCACCCCAAUUACGUUAGAAGAAUGUUUGGAGGCGUACUUCAACAACAAAAUCGAAGUCAAGAGGUACCUAGAGAGACGUGGGACUGUCAAUUCAAUGAGAUCGUUCGAUUCAACCAUGAAAGCGGCGACUGUACAUGUUGAAUCUGUAGAGGUGGGCUCAGCAGCUCCGUCUCCUAUACGGACUGGGUCCCCAAAAAUCGAAUUUCCAAUAACUGAGAAAGUUUCGGCCUCAUCGACGCUAACGCGACGUCCAAGCAUUGUCCAGGAGCGGUUUAUUCCUGAUAAGGAUUCUUUCGACGAUCUCGUUCAUGGUCGAAAGAGGAAAGGAAGCUAUCGCAAAGAGGUUAUGAUGCCAGCAUGGCAAUUUUUCAGUUUGAUCCCAUGGUACACGGAUAAUACCCCUAUAAACGACGCCCAAGUUGCAGCCCAUUUCUCUUCUAAGCGGCCGAUCUUGGGCAUGUGUUUGAAGCGAUAUAGUGUUCUACCCAACGGCAACGCUAUCAGGUUGAACACCUUUAUCGAUAUACCUACAGAGAUAGGAUUGCCGCAUUUUAUCCAGGAUGAUAAACUUGACGAGGAUGGCCCGUUGUAUGGCAACUUCAAACUUUCACUACAAUCGGUUGUAUGUCAUCGAGGCAACUCGGUCGAUUCGGGCCACUACGUCGCACUUGUACGGGGAACUGCUGCGAAUAUGUCUUCCACCUCACAUAGCUCCGAUACUAAUUCAGUCUUGAGCGCCGGAAACUCUGAGCCGUGGAUGAGAUUCGAUGACUUGGCAGCUGAGCGAAUCACACGUGUCAACAUCGAAGAAGCGCUAAAAGAAGAGUCGCCAUACCUUCUAUUCUAUCAGAUUGUGCCAAUUGACGACAGUCUCACCGAGGAGAAUCUAAGUGAUAAACGAGUAUCGUUCAUCAGUGGAUCGGAAGAGCUACAUGAUGACCCAGAGAAAGAGAUUAUAGUAUCUACAACCCAUCUAGAGCACUCCGCCGACCGAAAUACAUCCUCUUCAGCUCGUCUGAGUUUCGACCUGUCGAGCUUGCGUCCUACUUUAGAUAUCAGCGAGAUUGACAUGUCUUCAGAGGUCCAGGAAGGAACGAUGAUUGAGAUUAUGGACGGCCCACAGAAUGGUCGUACCGGUCUCCGCGAUGCCUUUACCACCCGUCGCUCCUUGUCUAUACCUCGGCGAAGCAAAGAAUCGCGCAGCCGUUCGCGCAGCCGAGGCGGAGAUCAAUCAGGAGAAAAGCGCCUCAGCGCCCUGUCAAGAUUCACGUCCCGAAUAAGCAAGGAAAAGGGUAUAGACAGUCCGUCUACGACCACUGUUGAUCAAGAAGGUCGACCGAAAACCGAAGACGGAACCAUCCCGUCUAUCGCUUACGAUGAGACAGAGACCAAGCAACAGUUGAGAGGCCGGGAUUCGACUCUCAGGCAGAGUAAUGGCAAACAGCGCCAAAGGAAGGAGAAGAGCAACCCGGACAGGGAAUGCCUUGUUAUGUAAACAGCGGCGGUUAACGGUCUUUCCAAUCAUGAUACCCUUUCUCGUGUGCUUCGUUUUUCAUUUCCUUCCUAUUUUUUGAGACUUCUUUGUGAUACGAAACCCCCAUCGGCCUGCAAUUGUUCUGGUUCUUUUGGCGUCCUUGCAUAGUCAUUUGUUAGGGUAUGUUUAGCAUAGCGAUGUUUCUGCAUUCAUUCUUCGCCAAGUACAUAGAUUAUUGUACCCAAUAACUGACUAACUAUGAGAUUUGGCUU